AUGAUCACAACGACACCAACGCGGCUGGAAUUCGCACCGCCACCGUUACCGUCGCCCCCAGCUGCGAUUUCCGCGGAGAUGGGUCUCGCACUCGUAGAUUCGAAAUUAUAUGCUUUUGGUGGUAAUGACUUUAAUACCUCUCCUAAUGGUAUUGACGAUAGUGACGACGAUGGCUUCCCGUACCGGAAAUACCCGCGAGAUCUGUACGUCUGCGAUCUGGGAACGGACCCCGACAUCCAAAAGCAACCCCUCGAGUUCAAGCAAUACGCAGGCCGUCUGAAGGGACCCAAGGUCAAGCCGAUCCACGUUCCUUACAAGGAUGACAAGAUUUUCAUAUUGUCGAGCGCUUAUAACCCCUGGUCGUUCAGAGGUCCGAACCCCGACCUGACCUCUCUGCUCCUUGUGAGGCGUGAACGUCAUCGCCCCUUUGAUACCAUCCUUGUUAAGUUCAUGUCAAAUGCUUCGGCAAGUUAUGCUGAUCUGCUGCAGCAGGAACACAAGAUUAGGGAAUUGUGUGCUCUUUCUGAGUUAGCGUCGCGUCUACCAUCUGAUUGUCUAUAUGGGGACGCAAUGGUGGUUCCUUUUGGAGAUGGUGAUGUCUACUGUCUCUUUCUCUGGUGGGGACUUAAUCCGUUCCAAAUGAAGAACCAGUUCAAGGUUUACAAGUUUAAAUUGGUUGAUGAUAAUGGUGGUUGUGAAAUCUUAGGCGCGAGACGGGUGUUUGGUGAAGGAGCUGGAUUGCUCAGCCAUGUGAAAUCUUUGCAUCGGAUUCUCUCUAUAGUGUGCCUUUGCAAGGUGCUGAGCUCAUCUCUUGUUUUGACUAGUUGGGAGAUUUUGGCACGCCGGUCUCAGGGCAAUGUGAUUGCAGGGCUCCAAAAUUUCCAGGGCUACUUGUGGAGGAUUGGCCAUGCCGCUUGUAGCUGA